CGUGUAUGGUCAACCCGGAUGAGGCGAAUUUGAAGGGCAGAGUCGGGUUCGUGUUCGGCGGUUUCGCUGCAAUUGCGACAUUUGGUUCGUGGCUGCACGUUCCGGAGCUCAAAGGGCGAACGAACUGUGAGGUUGACACACUGUUCGCAGCUCAUGUACCGCCGAGGAGGAUGGACUCCUAUCAGCUCGAUGAGACGAAUGCGUAAGGGAACAAGAAGGUAGAAGAAUAUGUUGCAUUAUAUGAUUGGG